GGAGGGAGAGGGAGGCAGGCAGGCAGAGAGAAAGGCAGUGAAGGGACGCCCGAGAGAUCGGAGCCCCAUCGGCGGUGGAGACGUCGGUGCCCGUCUUGCUGCUGGUGCCUUCAGUCCUGAACCUGUACACUGCUGAUAUGGAAACUCUCUACCAAUGCAGAUCAGCUACUUAUCUGUAACUUAGCCAUAGAGAAUAUCUUUGAGGCAGUAAGAGUUUGACUGAACUAGCUCAUGGUCCCAGCAUGGAUUAGUAGCAGGACUUUCACCCACGUCUUUCUGACAACCAGGUUUAAAUAUGUUCAGAGCUCAUAUUGUGGAGAGGAAUACUGUUCUGAAGAAAUUAAUAUGCCACAAAUGGUAGAAGAUGAUCUGACUCAGAAACACUUUCACUGGCCUAUGCUAUCCUGUACUUAAAACAGGGAUUAGUAAUGAAGCCACCAUUAUGUCCUCAGUCAGUGAAAUGAAUUCUGACCUCAAAGAGUUGUUAACAAACAUUAACUUGGAGCAGUAUCUUUUAUACUUCCAGGAAUCUGGCUACCAUACUGUGAAAGACUGUGCCGAGAUAAAUGACAGCAUACUACAGAAAAUUGGAGUAUUGCCUACAGGCCAUCGAAGAAGGAUUCUCAAACAGUUGGAGAUGAUCCUUUCAAAACUGCCGGACCCUGUGGUGUAUGCAAACAUUCAGAAAAGAAAGAAGGACCCAGUAAUAUUAAAGGAUGAACAGGAUUUGUCUUCUGGUUCAGAUACCUGGAUCAAACUUUCAGAUUUGUGUGGGAAUCAGAGCAUUGGCCCGGAGUCUUUGGAGGCUUCAACAACAGUUCCCUGCAGAAAUGAUAUCUGUAAUGAAAAUGGGCAGUGUACAGACUCAGUUGAUACAUCUUCUCUCUCUAAGCAGAGUGAUUCUCCUCUUCUAGACAGUGUGUCCCCACAGAAUUUGGAUUGUUGUCAAAACGUUGCCCUUGACAGUGGAAGUACAGAGAACACAGCUUUGGUUACAAAAAAGAAUAUGGAUUGCGCAGAUGAAAAAGAACAAAUAGGGCAAGUUGGCUGGAAUCUCGACAGUCCUGGGGUGUUUCAUAAUGAGGAAAGAGGACAUCUUUCCUCCCUUGAUUAUUCUGUUUCCAAAACAAGUCCUGAAAACGAGCCUGGGAUUGUAUCAGCUAGACCAGCUCCAUCUCCAUUCUUUGAAUUUAAAGGAGAGAUGAUUGUAAACGACUUGUAUAUUUCAUCCACACAACAUCUAGCACCUAUGAGGAGUUGUAGUAAAUUGGUUUCCAGACCAUCACGAUCUUUCAUGCUCAGACACAGGCCUGUGCCAGAAAUCCCAGUGUCAUCCAAAGGAGCAGUUUCAGGGAGCUAUGCCCGAGAGAGGAGAUUUGGUGGGAACUCCAAUGGAAAGACAUUCACUGUGCAAAAGUCACUUGAAGAACAGUCAUCUUUGAUCUUUCCACAUGGGGAUGCUUUUCUUUUUAAGAGCACAGAAAAUUCCAAGAAAUCGCUAAAGAAUGAAUUUGGCCUGUGGAAGAAAAACUUAAGCAAGUGGGGUCCUGAAAGGAGUUUGUAUUUUGAGCAAUCAAGCAUAUAUGAUAACAGAGUGAAAACAUGCGAAGACAAAGUAGAAGAUAUUUGGAUUCCUAGAGAAGACAAAACUGCUUUUCAAUUAGAUUCUGCUUCUGAGUCCGAAUAUUCCACAGUGGAAGAAUGUUUUAAUAGUUUAAGAAGAGGAAAUUCCAAGGCAUCCAAGUCCAGGUCUCAGAAAGGGAGUUUGGACUCUGCUGCUAACAGGCAUAGUUAUCCGCUAAGUUCUGUUAGUGGACUUGCUGAUCAACCGACCUUGACCUCAAACUCCAUAUCACCUUAUGCAUGUUAUUAUGGAUCAUCAGCACAAAAGGUCAAGUCCGGAUGGUUGGAUAAGCAGUCUCCUCAAGGAAAACGCAUGUUUCAGAAGAGAUGGGUGAAAUUUGAUGGCUUUUGCAUUUCUUAUUACAAUAAUGAAAAGGAGGUAUAUUCAAAAGGAAUAAUUCCCCUCUCUGCUGUAUCGACAAUCCGUGGUCAGGGAGACAGCAAAUUUGAAGUUGUUACAUCACAAAGGACUUUUGUAUUUAGAGUAGAAAAAGAAGAAGAGAGAAAUGACUGGAUCACUAUUCUGCUAAAUGCAUUGAAAUCUCAGCCGCUCGCUCCUCAGUCUCGAUCAGUUCUACCUGAGAAGUGUGGAUAUCUGGAGUUAAGAGGAUACAAAGCUAAGAUUUUUACCGUGUUAAAUGGAAGCAAUGUGUGGCUCUGCAAAAAUGAGCAGGAUUUUAAGAGUGGACUCUAGGGCAUUACUAUAAUUCCUAUGAAUUUAGCAAAUGUAAAACAUGUGGAUCGGACUGUGAAACAAUCUUUUGAAAUAAUCACUCCCUACAGAAGUUUUAGUUUUUCACAGAGGUCGGAAAAAGAGAAGCAAGAGUGGAUUGAAGCCGUGCAGCAAUCGAUAGCAGAAACUCUCUCGGAUUAUGAAGUAGCUGAGAAGAUUUGGUUCAAUGAGUCAAACAAGAACUGUGCUGAUUGUAAAGCACCAGACCCUGACUGGGCCAUCAUCAAUCUCUGUGUUGUCAUUUGUAAGAAGUGUGCAGGACAACACAGAUCUUUAGGACCAAAAGAUUCAAAAGUUCGCAGUCUAAAAAUGGACGCCGGCAUUUGGAGCAAGGAACUCAUUGAGCUUUUUAUUGUCAUUGGAAACCAAAGGGCAAAUGACUUUUGGGCUGGAAACCUUCAAAAAGAUAAAGAAUUGCACAUAGAUGCUCCAGUAGAAGAAAGAAAACUUUUUAUUACUCAGAAAUAUAAAGAAGGACGAUUCAGAAAAACCUUUUUAGCCUUUCUUACCAAAGAAGAAUUAAAUAAGGCCUUGUGUGCUGCAGUAGUUAAACCAGAUGUUCUUGAAACAAACAUAUUGUUUAGUGGAGCUGAUGUAAUGUGUGCAACUGGACAUCCUGUUUACAGUACCCCUUACUUACUAGCUAAGAAAGCUGGACAAAGUCUACAAAUGGAAUUUCUCUAUCACAAUAAAUUCUCAGAUUUCCCCAAGCAUGACAUUCAUUUGGAAAGUGGAUUACCUCAAGAAUCUUCACAUUCCACUUUUCUCUGUGACUUUUUGUAUCAAGUUCCAUCUGUGGCUGCUAAGCUGUCUACAGAGAAAAAAAUGAUUGAAGAAACAAAUAAAAAAUGGUGUGUUUUGGAAGGGGGCUUCUUAAGUUAUUAUGAAAAUGAUAAGGCAACAACUCCUAACGGCACCAUUAAUAUGAAUGAAGUUAUCUGCCUUGCUAUACACAAAGAGGACUUCUAUAUAAACACCGGGCCCAUCUUUACCUUUGAAAUAUACUUAGUCUCAGAGCGUGCUUUUUUAUUUGGUGCUGAAACUGCGCAGACGCAAAGAAAAUGGACCCAAGCAAUAGUGAAGCAUUUUGUCCCCUUUGUUGCUGAAAAUUUAGCAGAAGCUGAGUAUGACUUAAUUGGUCAAUUGUACUACAAAGACUGCCAUACUCUGGAUCAAUGGAGAAAAGGAUGGUUUGCUAUGGAUAAGUCUAGACUACAUUUUUGCCUUCAAAUGGAAAAUGCAGAGGAAGAGUUGAUGUAUUUAAGGAGAUUACAGGAGCUAACAAUCAGCACAGUAGUUCAAAAUGGAGAAAAAAUAGAUGUUUUGCUCUUGGUCGAAAAAGGAAGAACAUUAUACAUUCAUGGUCAUACUAAGUUGGAUUUCACAGUCUGGCAUACUGCAAUUGAAAAAGCUGCAGGUACAGAUGGUAAUGCAUUACAAGACCAGCAGCUCAGCAAAAAUGACGUCCCCAUUAUAGUGAACAGCUGUAUAGCAUUUGUUACACAGUAUGGUUUGGGAAGCAAGCAAAUCUAUCAGAAAGAUGGUGACUCUUUCCGCAUAAGUGAGCUCCUGGAAAGUUUCAAAAAAGAUGCAAGAAGCUUUAAAUUGAGGGCUGGGAAGCAUCAGCUGGAAGAUGUGACUGGCGUGUUGAAAAGUUUUCUGUCUGACAUAGACGAUGCACUUCUUACUAAAGAGCUGUAUCCGUACUGGAUCUCUGCAUUAGAUACUCAAGAUGACAAAGAAAGAGUUAAAAAAUAUAGCACAUUCAUACGUACACUUCCAGGGGUUAACAGGGCAACGUUGGCAGCUAUAAUUGAACACCUUUACAGGGUUCAGAAAUGCUCAGAGAUCAACCAGAUGAACUCUCACAGUUUAGCUAUGGUAUUUUCAUCCUAUUUGUUUCAAACUAAAGGACAAACUAGUGAAGAAGUAAAUGUAAUUGAAGACCUAAUUAACUAUUAUGUUGAAGUGUUCGAGGUUAAAGAAGAUCAAGUCAGGCAAAUGGAUAUAGAGAACAGCUUUAUUACCAAGUGGAAAGACACUCAAGUUUCACAAGCUGGAGAUUUGCUCAUUGAAGUAUUUGUUGAAAGAAAAGAACCUGACUGUAGUAUCAUAAUAAGAAUAUCACCUGUAAUGGAAGCAGAAGAAUUGACAAAUGAUAUAUUAGCAAUAAAGAAUAUCAUCCCUGCCAAAGGGGAUAUAUGGGCUACGUUUGAAGUAAUUGAAAAUGAAGAACUCGAGCGCCCACUUCACUACACCGAGAAUGUGCUAGAACAAGUACUUCAGUGGAGUUCAUUAGCGGAGCCUGGCAGUGCCUACUUAGUGGUGAAGAGAUUCCUAACCAUGGAUGUAAUUAAACACUACAAUGAGAGGAGUGCAAUGGAAAGUGUAAAAGAAGGAGUCUUGAAAUUCAAGGAAGAACCUUCUAAAAUACUGUCUGGAAAUAAAUUUCAAGAUCGGUACUUUGUUUUGCGAGAAGGCUAUCUCUUUCUUUACAAGGAUAUAAAGAGUAGCAAAGCGGAUAAAAUGCUUCCUCUCCAUUCACUGAAGUUUUACCUUGGUGUGAAAAAGAAAAUGAAAACUCCAACAAGUUGGGGGCUGACAGCAUAUUCAGAGAAACAUCACUGGUAUAUGUGUUGUGAUGGUCCACAAACACAGAUGGAAUGGUUGACCAGUGUUUUUCUUGCCCAGCAUGAUAAUGAUAUAUGGCCACCAGCUGGAAAAGAACGUAAGCGAUCUAUAACCAAAAAUCCCAAAGUUGGCGGUUUGCCUUUAAUUCCCAUCCAGCAUGAGAAAAAUACUAACCAAGCCAGAAGAAAUAUAGAGAAUGCAAAAGCAGUGCUUGAAAAGCCGAGGCCCCUUGAAAAGCCGGAAAAAGAGCAAAUAGAAGCCAGUCUAAGAGAUCGAGCCUCGAUGGUAGCCCAUUGUCUGGAACGCAAGGAGGACAAACUCCGAAGUCGGACUAAAAAACACCGGAGUUUGAACUGUCUGGAGGACUCGGGUACUGAUAUUCUUCACAGUCAUCACAAAUCACAUAAAGACUUCAAGAUUCUGAAGAAGAUAGAGGACAAGAAUAGCAAAUCUAGUUUGGAAACUGAUAACAAAUUACCAUCCAAAGAUGAGGAACUCAAUGUUGUUCUACAGAGAACAAGAACCCUUCCCAAAGAUCCAUAGUAGGGGUUUGGCCAAAAGGGAACAAUGCUUUCCUUUAGAUAGUGUAUAAUAGGUUGGUUGUUAAUGCAAAGAAUAGGUGAGAUAGCUGUCCCUGUUUGUAAUUACUACAAAAUGCCAAGAAGUUUAACAUAAAGUGCCAAGAAGUUUAAAGUAUGUAUAUGCGGUACCAUUAAAUGAUAACAGAUUUACUGUUGUGAAUAUAGAUUAAUGUAAAGUUAUAAUGGAAUAAUUCACUUUUGUACACUCAGAGGUUUCCUCUGAAGUCUCCGCCUAUUGUAAGUAGUGGUGGUUAUUAGCAAUGUUGAUUAAAAGAGGAAUCCUCUGAAAGCAGAGGCCUCAUAAUGUACUGUAAUUAGUAUAGGAUGUGUGGUUUUUUUCCCCCACAAAUGAUUUUGUUGAAUUUGAUAGUAUAUGUAACACAUAUUGCACUUUGAGAAACUUUGUGUGUUGAGUUGCUGCAUGAUUUUAGGUUUACAGAGCUAAAGCCUUGAAGGGGCAUGAUAUUGUUGUGGUCAGUGGUUAUCAUGUGGUGGCUUAAUCUGAAGCGAUCUUUGAAAUGAGGGGAAGAAUUUCACAGGUUCUUAGAAAUGAGGACUGUGGUGUGACGGAAGCUACUUGUGGUCUGCUUCAGGUCAGUAGUGACUAGAAGCCGUUAAUGCCAGUUGGCGUGGCAGGCUGUGGCACAAGUAGAUUUAGCACUUUUUCUGUAUUUUCCAGUGAAUGGUAUUCAGAUCACUACAGUGGCUUAAUUGUGCCCUUGGGUCCAUUUUCUUGGUCUUUUGAGUGAAAUAAGCCAUAGAUUACAUUUACUAGCCUUUUAUUCUUUAUAGGUGGCUUGAAAGGCCAUUAGACAACAUACCGAUAAGCAGGCCUUGAAAGUAGCACAGAUUCUGUUAUAUCCAUUGACUAUAUAAGAGCAGUAGCUAAAAAUCUUUAUCAAUAUCUCCCUAUAUCUAUAGCUCCCUAUGUAGAGAUGUAUAAGGAGAUAUAGAUAUAUACUUGUAUAUAUAUAUAUAUAUAUAUAUAUAUAUAUAUGUGUGUAUAUUGCUUUUACACAGUCAAUAGGUACAAUAGAAUCCAUACUCCUUUUAAGGCUUGCUCAUCAGUUUAUAGUCUGGUAAGGAAUUUAUGUAUGUGUGUAUGUGUAUAUACACACAUGUGUGUAUAUGAUCACAUACACAUAUAUACCUAUGCAUAUAAUACAUGUGUGCACGUAUGUGUUGUGGAAAGCACAAAAACGUUAAGGUUGUUCUCUUUCCCCAUCAGGUAAAACUAAACUGAAAAAAUGAGAUGUAAUAUUAUCAUUUCCAUGCUGAUAUUUCAUUUGAAAGGCACUAGGUCAUAGAGCUGGAAGGGAUAUCAACAUUGGUCUAGCCCGAUCCUCGAAUUUUAUCAGUUAGGAAGCUAGUGCACUUAGAGUUUAUGUGACUUGUUCAGAGUUAAUUUUUUCAUCAAGUUGUUGCUGGUAUUCUGUUAAAUUAAAAGAUGAUUACCUAAGAAACUGAUAAAGAGAGCUAUUCUGUGCCUCAGUCUAAAGAUAGUGGGGCAGUCCCUUUCCGUUCCAGAUCAAAUGAGAAAAUAUUUGUAAAGCACAAAGCCUGGCACAUAGCAGGUGCUUAAUAAAUACUUGUUCCCUCCUACCUUAUUGAAUUGGUCAUUGAGUAUAGUUUACUUUUUACCCUCACUAACUCCUAAUUAAGUCCUGGAUUGUGGCUAGAUAGCCCCUAAUUUCCAAGCCUGAAGGACAUAUGAUAUAGCACAAAUAGCCCUGGCUCUGAAAUCAGAGGAUUGGGGUUCAAAUCAUACCCGUGAUGCUACCUGUGUGACCUUGGACAAGUCACUUAAACUCCUAGCCCUGAAUGUACUGGUCUGUAACAUGAAAGAGUCAGUGUUUGAUGAGCAGUGAUGUCCCUUCCUGCUCUAAAUCUAUGAUCUUACAGAUGAUGUCAGUUUUUAUGUUGGAAAGUAUCUGUACAGCCAGGUAUUUUCUUUCCUGGCAUUCUCCCUCUCAUAAUUAUUCAUUUGUCUCUUAAAUGUCUAGAGUUCAUUUGUAUGGCAAUAUCAUCAAAGAAUGAUCAUACUCUUUGGCCAGUACAGAACCUGAUGUAGCACUCCAUGAUUUAUUGUGCCAUCAUUUCACCCCCAAUGGUGGUAGGAUAAAUAAAUGCUUCAGGCAGCAGAUAGUACUCAAGGAAGGGAGAGAGCUGCUCUUUAAUUGGAAAUGAGUUGUAAAACGAAGAGAAACUGCAGGACAGUUACUAAGUAUUCAUAACGGUUUGGGAACCUCUGUUGGGAGAAACCAUGAUAGGUAGAAGGAAAAAUCAAUCACAAAUGAACUGCUAUUCAUAAUCAGUUUUAUUUUAUUUUAGUUUUUGCUUUUAAUUAUGAAGGCAUGUUGAAUAUGAUCUUUUUUGAAGUUGGUCUCUUUUUUAAGGAAGGUUUCAAGAGUAUCUGAUGGAUCCCAAGUUGUUCCAGAACUUAAGUUUUACAAGGGUCACCUCCUACCUUCAAACAUCACCCCCUUUAGUUUUCUUACUAUGUUGUUGUAAGAAUCGAAUGCUCUACUGUAUGUAAAGUGCCUUGUAAAGUGCUUUGUAAAUGCCAAUUUUUAUUUGUUCGUAACUAUGCCUUAAGAAUUCUACAAAAAUAGGCUUUUAAAAAUCUGUUUAAAUGUGACUGCAGUUCUUCCCAAGGAUAUGCACAAGUUGAAAAUGAUUCCGUUAUAUAGAAGUGAUAUCAGAUGAAAUUGUUUGCCAGUUUAUUGAAACAGAUGCUGCCUGGUGUUGCCAGACUGUGGCUGAGCUUUCUACAAUUUAUGAUUCUGACAUUGUCAAUAAAAAGGGGAGAUUGGGGGUGGGAGGGAUCUUUCCAAAAAAAUGUAAACUUCUACAUACACUGCAUAGAAGUGACUGGAGGCACUCUUUCUUUUCUAAAAUCACUAAAAUUCAUUUCAAGUACAUUAUUUGUUGUUCUAUUUAAUUUAUAUGGCCCCGAUGGCUCCUUAAUGCUGCACUGAAAAUUCAAUGUCAAGUCAAAAGCAUCUGGAGAAGAAUCAGACCUUUUAUGCAACUGGAUGCUGGUUUGCCCUGUUUUUUUUUUUUUAAAUCACCCUUCAGUACUGAAAUGUGUAAGAGUUGUAUAUUGCAGAAUAAAUAGUAUUUUCUUCAAAAUGUUUCUCUGUUCUAGAUGUGAGGUUUUGAACAUCUCCAAAUCAUCUAUCUCUGACAUAUUGCUCUCUUUU